CAAUGUUUGACAAAGAACCUUUCCAGAUAUGCUGCAGAUAUUAAGUCAUUGCCACCCAACAUAAAGGAUAAACUGAUUAAAUUAAUGAGUAGGCAAGGUCAAAUAACUGAUUCAAAUAUCAGUGAGAUAUUGCACCCUGCUGUAGAGUCUCUAGACCUCCGAGACUGUGAUAUUUCAGAUAAUGCAUUAUUGCAGCUUUAUAACUGCAAGCAACUGAAAAAAAUCAACUUAAAUUCUUGCAAAGAAAACAGAUUGGGAAUCACUUCAGAAGGUGUCAUAGCACUGGCCUUAUCCUGUCCUUACUUGCGUGAAGCGUCUUUUAAAAGGUGCUGCGAUAUAACCGACAGUGGCGUUCUUGCUCUUGCGCUCAACUGCCAGUUCCUACAAAUAGUGAACUUGGGCAGCUGUUCAGGCAUCAUGGAUGCAUCUCUGCAGGCACUAGGAGAAAACUGCAAAUUUCUUCACAGUGUGGACUUUUCAUCUACUCAGGUAACAGAUGAUGGCGUUACAGCACUAGUGAGUGGAACAUGUUCAAAGAAUUUAAAGGAGAUCCACAUGGAACGCUGUGUGAAUCUGACCGAUGUUGCUGUGGAAGCGGUCCUUACUUGUUGUCCGAAGAUACACAUUUUCUUGUUCCAUGGGUGCCCAUUGGUGACAGAUCGUUCCCGAGAUGUUUUAGAGCAGCUAGUCAUAUCAAACAAAAUCAAGCAAGUAACAUGGACUGUUUACUGAUUAUUUAUCGUGUACAUAUGAGUGUAAAGUUUACAGAUGGGAGAGCUACUUCAGAAAACAAGCACCUUGGAAAAAUAGCUGUUGACUUCUGUACCACCAGAUUGCUUCCCUCCUUGUUUCCACCAGAGGUCUCUGUCGCCAUUCCAGUCCUUGCCUGGUCACCAAUCAGCACUUCAGUUUGCUGUAUCCUGAUGCAUUUCCUCAGCCAAUGAUGCAGACCGUCAGCAAGUUGUUCAUCAUAAAACAUAUCUCCUAGAACAAUGAGGUCCCAGUUGCCGGCCUCUGAAUUAAUGAUGUUCUUAAUGGUGAUGGGGAAGGGAUUCAGGUGGUUCAGUUCACAGUUCAAGAUCAUUGCCAUUCCUGCAACUGAAGAAAAGUCGAAGUAAAAUGAAAGUUAUGUUUUAGGAUUCU